UUCGUUCGUUCACGAUUCAGGUACCCGUGCUCCGUAGAGGGUCCGAGCCCGCGUUGGGUUUAUUCGGUUGGUGAAAUCGAACGAAGAAGCACACGAUCUUGGACGACGACUACGACGAAUACGGUGACCGCGCGCGUGAUCCGUUCAGCUGUUAUUGCCCGCCUUUCCAUUCUUGCUUUUGCGCAUUCGAGUGAUACGUGAUUUCGAUCCAUCUGGAAGUAGUGGCCGCUCCGUUCCGGGCCAUUGAAGUCAUCGCACAAGUAGGACUCCCCCUGUUUGUAGGUUCCCCCUUUGCGAACAUCUAGCCAUCCAGUGAAUGUGGGUAAACGAAGCGUGCUUCUGUAUUGCAGUUUAUGAGAUUUUUCAAGGAAUCCAGAAACCGGAAGUGUCUACGUGACUUUCUUCAGAGUGAUUUGGCAACUUUUUUUCGGAGUGGAUUAUUACCGUUCAUGAGAAGAAAUUUCCUAAUUGAGAUUACUCACAGUGAUAGUGUACAUAAUUCGCGGAUGAGUCAAGUGAAACGAGGAUGAUUAACCCCGACUUGGUAAGAAGUUGCACAACCAAGAGGAUAUAACACGACAAAGACGACACGACGAAGAAUCGCAGGCGCGCUAAAUAGCCUUUCGGCAGCCGGUUUGCGAGUGAAAGGAGCCGCAGUGUUUUGCGCAGGAGAAAUUUUUGUUCGCAAAGGUGCGAAACGAAAAUACACGCCACCGCGCCGCAGAGCAAAUCGCUCGGGAAGUUGGGGUGAAUGUUAAAGCCCUGACGUACAAAAGUGUGUUUGUGAGUCUGGAACGGAUCUAUAUACGAAGGUACAAGGCAACUUUGCGUGGUUUUUGAUUUUCGGCGAUCGAUCGCGAGAAAAGUUCCGUGUCUUGCAUUCAACGUUUAUGUGCGUCAAUAUUUUACGUUGCUGAGAUUUCACCGCGGGAAGCCAUUGUAUGAAUAUUCAGAUCGACAAACUUCAAACAUCAGAUCUAAUAUUCAAAGACACAUGUGACUACGGAACAGAACGGAAGUCAAACAAAUUCACCGAAUGCAUCUCCUUCACCAGGGGCUCUUUCAAUUGAGCCAAUAGCAACUGCAACAGGAAUCGAACACCAUACUAAUACAUCCCAGGAAGAAAACGUUCUCUGCAUUCAGAUUUGAACACAUCAUUAAAAUUUCUCAACCCCAACUGCCAACUCAGGAAGUAUUCGUUUGAUUCAGAUAUGGAAACGAGACGAAGGCAAAGCAGACGAACUCUGCUCCGACGAUGCGGACAUCAAACGAUAUGUUUUGCGUUCCUAGCUUUGACGGUUUCCCUGUUACCUGGCAGCCAUGCAGUCCGAAGCUCCGAUGAACUCCGGCUCAAUAACACCACAAUAGCAACCAUAACUAAUCUGAAUCUAAUUAGCUCAACUGCAGCACCUUCCAGCUCCAAUUCCAGCACCGACAUCGGAAUGCUGGAAGAGCUGGAGUCCGUUCUCGUAAGCUACGUCAACGAUGCGCUGGAUCGAAAUUACAACGAAAUUCUGACGGGAAUUUCACCGGCCUUGACCUCGAGGAACGUGUCCAGUCCGGCGGGAAGGAACGGAAACUAUGGCUACAGCAGUAUUCUGAACGGUCUGCCGGAGCUGUCCGAGUUCGAUCGGAAAAUUGUCCGAGGGGUGGCACGUUUCGUGGAUCGGAGGUUUUUCAGCCGGGAGAAAAUGGCCCGAGCCGUCGAGAGUGGGAGGCUGUUUUUCUUCAAAGGACUGAAGAAAAUCGUUUGGCCGCUGCUGGUUGGUCUGCAAAUCGUUAAGACUGUCCUCCUGGUGCUGUUCCUGCCCAGUAUCAUCGGAUCGUUGGGUAAAAUCGUCGGCAAAGGAUUGUCAUCGGUGUCGGUGCUAUCCAAUCAGCCCACAACGGUGGAAGAUUUGGACUUCAAGGACAAUUCCUAUAACUCAGAUCAGGACUUCAACAUGAACAUGGACAACAACGCUUAUCUGCCACCGCUGGAUGCUCAACCGGCCGGGACAAGCUACAACAUGAUGUACGAUGCGAACAAUGCAAACGCCGCCUUGUCCAGAUUGGGUUUCGGAGGCGGUCGGGUGACAUAUGUCAACACCGGAAACGACUACAAUCGGCAGCAGAAGCGAAAUGAUUUCAAAAUUUUCCAUGACAUCCCGAGCAGCAGUCUGCUGCUGACGAAUUACGAUCCGUUCUACAGUCCACUGCUGUCGCGGCUAGAUGCCGUUUUUGCCCAGAUGGGUCUGUCCAAUAAAGAGGAGAACUGUCGGGAAAAGCUGGUGUGCCUGAUGUACGCCAACCCAGCGAAGUAUGCGCCGUACAGCAAUCUGAUAUCGGCACAGCUGAGCAGGGAACUGAACGAACUGCGCAAACCAACGAACGACAACCCGGACAUCUUGCGGUUUUUCAAGUACAUGCGAGCGGCCAAGGACGGUCAAGACGGAGUGGACUGCGAGCGGGUGCACAAGGACUGCGGCACCUACAACGAUCUGUCCAAUCCGGCCAUGGUGACAACGUUCAACGACAUCAACAAACUGGUCCAGGCCCGUAAGCUGUAGUAAAACUGUGGCAAACCCAGCACGAAAUGGAUUUCAAGAAAAACACAAAACAACGGGGGAAAGUUCGGACAGUGGAUUAAACUUAAGUUCUGUAGGAAGUGGCGAUGCAACCCUCUCGCGCGAAAUCGGGGGUCCGGCAAGGACUGCGAGGAGCGAUUGAAGACAGCAGGUGACAAUCUCUCAUACAGCUGGAAGCGAUGACGGCUUUUUAAGUGGAGGUCUGACCUGAUGCGGCAAUUGGAUUUCUCCGCACGGCGAAAAACUUUUAUCCUUCCAGCUUUUUCGCGGGUUGUUUGUUCGUCUUCGAUUUGCACCGAAAGUCUCCGUAAGGCAAAAUGACGUAUGGUAGGGAAUACGAAGCACUGAAGACAAGUAGCCGUAGCACUGGUGUGAGGCUAGCUUCCUAAAAUUUCUCGUAGAUUGAACUUGCAAAAUGGAAAAUGAUAAUUGGUCCAAAACUAGGAUUUUGUGAAAAUAUGAAUUUUUUUGGAAAAGGUUUUUAGGUAGAGCAAAGGGCGUAAGUACAGUAAGUCUCCUGCCUAAAUCUUCCAAAUUUGGUACAACUGACUACGAUUGGCGGCCCCCUUUGGUUACUCACUUGAAUAAAUAGCGCCACUUCUUAACCUUCACCAAGAAUUUUCAUUUUUUUUUUUUCAUAACAUGUUAUUUUGAAACCGAUAAUCAUUUCCCGCUUUGAAAUUUUUAAUUACGAAAUAUUUUGUGAAACAAGUCUAACCCUACCGUAGCACCCCAGGGAUAGUAAACUACCAGCUGGAAUUAAUUGUAGUAGGAUGAAAUGUGCCUGUAAUUAUUUAUUGUGUAAUUUAUUCUUCUCCACUAUCCAAUCUAUUUAUUUAUUUAUUGACUAAUUUAUUAUUUAUUUAUUUAUUGUUCAGUCUAGAAUUAAUAGAGUGCUAGACACUUUCCUCGGGAAAAUGUUCACACCUCGACAGGAAACUCACUUGUUGCCUACGUGCGUACGUUAGGGAUAUCGUUGAAUAGGAUUUAGCGUAUUUAUUUAUAUGUUGAGUAGCAAAUAUCGUAGUAAUUUUAAUUUAGAGUCCAAGCUCCAACAGAUGAUUGGUUUCCAGAGAAACCCCCAUCAUCAACCAUAGCCAUUCAUCUUCCGACAAAAUGAACCACAAUUUGCCUUAUAAUUGAUUUCGCAAUAUGAGACGGGAUUACACCGGUUCAACAAAAGGCAAAAAACGGCAGGGGCAAACAGCAGUCAGGAUUGAAUGAAAUAUUAAUAUUAUUCCUAGUGGAGCUGUAGGCAAAAAAAACGGAUGUGCACACGCAAGAGUUGUGUGUUCGAUUUUGUGGCACAUCCGGUAUAGAUAGCAUUAGAAUUGGUACGAGAGUCACAGGAAGAGUGAACAUACGUUAGGAUAUGUGUCGUAUUUGGAGAUGAAGAAAGCUAGGCCCUCUGUAAAAUAUGGUCCCAGCUCACUGCAGGAGCCGGAGACAUAUCUGCUCCUUCUAAGAAAUGCCUAGAAGGGGGCAGAGCACAACAGGAAUAUAAUAACGAGAAUUUGGAAUGGGAGUUCAUUCCUUUGGAGACGAACGCA